AUGGUAGGGACAGGCAGCACAUACGAAAAACUCUCCGAUUCUCGGCUUGUCUGGUUGUGUUUGCGCUGUGGCCUCCCUAACUAUUCUGGACGUCUGAUGGACUCGUUGAAUACUCUAGCAGAUACCAACAGCUUUUCUGUUACAGAACAGCAUUCCUCUAAUAUCACACCUGACCAUCACAUAUCAGAUCCCAAAAACAUCUCGGAACAUACUAAAUCACCAAACAGAUCAUACCAGCAUAUGAAACCUAAAUUUACAUCAACGCCUAAAAAUACUAAAACCAUACCACAACCUUGUGAAAAAGCUAAAACAAAUGAUAACAGUAUCCCAUAUAAAGUUAACACAGGAAAAGUUAAUGAUGAACGUGUAACCAUUUUGAAUAUAAAUUGCAGAUCUAUAAGAAAUAAAAUUCCAGAAUUUCACCUUCUAUUAGACCAGAUAAAACCUGAUGUCAUCGCGUUCACUGAAACAUGGUUGAAACCAGAUAUUUCUUCUUCUGAAAUUUUUCCCGAAGAUAACCAAUUUCAAGUUUUUAGAGAUGAUAGAACCAGUGGUAAAGGGGGUGGUGUAAUGUUAGCUGUUUCCAAUAGAUUUGUUUGUGAGGAACAACCUGACUUAAAGACUGAUCCAGAUUGUAACAUAGUAUGGACAAAAUUAAACAUUCCAGGGGUCAAAACUAUCUACUUAUCAGCAUUUUACAAACCGCAUGAAAAUGAUCAAAAUAGCCUGUUGUCCCUGUGGAACUCUCUACAGAAUGUACCUAGAAAUAGUAUAGUUUGGAUACUAGGCGAUUUAAACAUGCCUGAUAUAGAUUGGACGUCUGGUACAGUUAGGGAUUCUUGUAAAUUUAAAUCAUUAUAUGAACAAUUUUUGGAAAAUCUUACAAAUUUCAACCUGGAUCAGGUAGUAAAAGAACCCACAAGAGAAAACAAUGUUCUUGAUCUAUUCUUGACAAAUCAACCUUCUCAAGUUCAUUCUACCAAAAUAUUACCCAGUCUUGGAUCGUCAGAUCAUAAUACAGUCUUUCAUGAAAUGAACAUUAAAACUGGUAGACCUCGUCAAGUAAAACGUGAAAUCAAACAAUUUAAAAAAGCUAACUGGGAUUCAUUCAAGUCUGAUCUCAAUGAAUACUUUAAAAAUGUUUUUGUUAAACAUUCAUCUAAUGACCCAAACAUACUGUGGGAAAAAUUUAAAAAUAAAGUCGAUGAGCUAUCAAGUAAAUACAUACCAACUAAAAUGACUAAACCCAGAAGUGAUCUUCCCUGGGUAACAAAAAAGAUCAUCAAAAGGAUACAUAAAAGAGAUAAACUACACACUAAAUGUAAAAACGCUAAAGGAAAAGAACAUUAUAGCAAAAUGAGACAGCGACUUACUAUUCUUAAAGCCACCAUUCAAAGAGAAAUACGCAAAUCAUACUGGGAAUAUUUAGAAUCGGUAAUCUUUUCUAAUGACUCAGAGACUGGAUCUGAAUCCUAA